CUGAAAUGUGACUGAGCAAAAGGAAAUUUUCAACUCUCCACUAAAUGAAGAUUUUCAGAUGGGGGAGUUAUUGAACAUUCACACAAUGAAUUCUGUGUACUGCUAAACCGUUCCAGAGAGUGACCAGCCCAGCCUGCGAUCUUUGGAAUUAGAAACUGAAAGGGGCUUUGUAACUUGUACUGAAUGCUGGCCAGGAAUAGAGAUCAAAACAGAAGGGAGGAGGGAACGUUUACAACACAUGUCAAAAAAUGGCAUUGCCCAAUUGUUCAAUUUAUAAACAUCAAUAACCUAAAAGUGACUGAACAAAUAACUUAUUCCAACUGCACACAGCUGCAAGAAGUAAGUGUUGAGAAAUGCAGUCAGAACAAUCCAAGACCUACUGUUGAGCUGGGGACACUGUAUAUCAUAUGAUUGUUAGUGCCUCUCUGGUAGGGCGGAUGGUACAAAGAAACAUGUUAAUACUUUUCCCAAACUGUUGGUUUAUGAAUGUAUUAGCUAUCAGUACUGAGCCUGAAGUUUGUUCCAAUAAAGGAUCAUUGAAUUCUUGACUUAAUCGACAAUGCAUUACACUCUCCUGCUUCCUGGGAAAGUCUGAAUGCAAGCUAGGGGACGCCUGAGGGAGAUUAGUCACAGAUUAUUGUCACCUUCCAUUUAUUAAUGGAGGAAGAAGCUGAAAGUAGGUCCGAGGCUCACCCUGUCAGACCCAAGAAGUUUGUAUUGGGAAAGAAUAAUAGGUGGGUUUCUGACUUUCAAUAACAAAUCAUAUUCGCACACAAGUGAAUCAUGAUCAUGGUAUAUUAACCUAGCAAUUUAGUUAAUUGUUAACUUAAUUGAAGAUCUGGUCAUGCCAAUGAAUCAGACUUUAAAGUUGAUUUCCACACCUGAAUUAAAUAUUUAGUGGAACAAUUGAUCAGACUCGUCAUGAACGAUGAUGUGGCACUAGUCACAACAUUCUCAUGGACGCAGAAACAGGAGAGAUUUCAAGGACUGUGUGUUGGCCAAACCUUUCCAGGCACGCACGUAAAGAAUGAAGUGUUGUCAGGUUGCUCUUCUUAAGGCCACAAAGGUUCUACUAAGCGGACAACAUACAAACACCAAGAGAGAAGCUUGUGAAUUGGGUCCUCAAAUCAAACAACAACGAGGGAGAGACUCCUAAAGUCCUCGAGUCACAGAGCUGAUCCAAAACUACUGGACAGGCUCGGUAUUGUUUCAUUCAUUUUCAGCAUCCAUCAGUUGGAACUAAAUUUGCUGCGCAAGAUGCAAAUUGCAAGAGGUGCGAGCAAUCUGAUGACGGCUACAGGGAUCUCUGAAUCAUGAAGAUUGCCAUGCCUUCAAGUACAGAUAUGAUGGACAACUCCCACAGCCAGACUGUCCUUUGCUGCUUGAAUGAACAACGCACCAAAGGAGUCUUUUGUGAUGUAACCAUUGUUGUGGAGGACGCCAAGUUUAAAGCCCACAAAAAUGUCUUGGCAGCAGCUAGCAUUUACUUUAAAAACCUCUUUUCGAGCCAGGAGUUGUGGUUGGUUGGCCAUAUUCUGGAGCUGCCUGACUUCAAGGCAGAUGUGUUUGCAGAAAUACUGCAUUUCAUCUACAGUGCAAAGGUAGCUAUCAAAGGGUAUGAGAGAGUUCAAGAACUUGUUGAUGCUGGGAAAAGAUUAGGUAUAUCAUUUUUGGAAAAUCUGAUGCCUAUUCCUCAGCAACACAUUGAGUCUGUAAAUGCACUACGCAGUUAUUCACCUAACUCUUCUCAGUCAGUUUCUCCUGCUUCCACUCUCUCUUUGCCAACUAGCAUUACGAAUCUCAAAGCAGAGGUCUGCAAUGCUGUGAGUGAUAAAGGCAAUGAAGACUUCCCUUUUGUAAAUGGACCUCGAAUCACAAAUGCGUUUUCAAUUUUUGACAUGCAAGCUGGCAGUGACAUGUAUUUUCCAGUUGACUUAACAACCAAUGUCAACAAAAAAGCAACUGAAUCUGAUAAGCUGUCCAUGGUAUGUGUUGGCCAGGAUGCAAAUGGCACACUGCAGAUACCUGCUCAAACUUUUGCUGAACAUUCCUAUGCUGUAUCAUCAUCUCGAAAAGAUCAGCAAAAUGUUGAUCCUCCUUCUGAUCUUCAAGUGAGGAAACCUACAGAAGAAAAUGAAAAAUCUUUGUGCAAUAUUAAUAGCAAUACUGCUGAUUCUGGAGCUACACAGGAGAUGCAGUUGCAAGACCAAAUUUCCAAAACUCCACAAACACUGUACACUGCCAGCUCCACUGGCUUCAAUGUUUUACGAUUUAACUUGAAUGCUUUGCAAACUGCAAAUGAUAGUAGCCCAGUAAAUGUUGUGCCAGCUACUGGUCCAUUAAAUGGACCUAACGUAGAGACAAGGGAAACUGAAGGUGGACAUACUGAUGUAGAAAGAGCUUCUGCUAAGGAAAACAUGAGCAAAUUAGUAUCUAAUACUGUUUGGUCUGAAACUGUGCCAGCAGUACCAUGCCAAACUCCUUACAAUUGUAAAUAUUGUCCACGAUCUUUUAGUACUCGAGUAUCAUUGAAUGUUCAUUCCCAAAUCCACACAACACUUUUGGAGAAGCCUUUAUCUUGUAGGCACUGUGGUAAACCAUUCGUUCAUCUGAAGAGGCUACAAACUCAUGAGCAUCUUUGCAGAGGACCAGGAACGUCUUUGUCUGAUCGUGAAUCAACUGAUGAGCAAGUGGAGAAUAUUUGCAGCGACAAUGAAGUUGCAAGUGGUGAGGAAGAUCGAAAUUCAAUCUCCCAUGCUUUAGAAUUAGAAUCUUCCAACAAACGCCCAUUGAAAUUGGUGCGGUCAAGGAGAGGCAACAGCUCCCCAGAACCAGAACACUUUGUGAAAGUUGUUGAGGGACACAUUUUAUACUUUUGCAGUGUCUGCAAACGUUCCUAUGUAACUCUGUCCAGCUUAAAGAGACAUGCCAAUGUUCAUUCUUGGCGGCGAACAUAUCCCUGUCACUACUGCAAUAAGGUAUUUGCAUUAGCUGAAUAUCGUACUAAACAUGAAAUAUGGCACACUGGGGAGAGACGCUAUCAGUGCAUCUUUUGUUUAGAGACCUUUAUGACCUAUUAUACUUUGAAAACCCAUCAGAAAUCAUUUCAUGGCAUUGAUCCAGGUCUUCCCACAAACAAGAAAGCAACAAGUGGUGGAUAUAGAGCCAAGAUGUAUCCAUUCAAACUUUACAGGCUUCUACCUAUGAAACUACAAAAAAGACCUUACAAAACAUACACUAGAUCUUCCCCAGAAAACUGCAAAGAUAAUAAAGUUGUUGGAGUUUCUUCAAGUGAUGAAAAUGCCAGUUCUCUUGACAUCACUAAUUUUUCCAUUGGUAGCUUAUCAUCUACUUCAGAGCAUUUGCAGGACAAGUUGCUAUCUUCAGAAGUUAUGCCUUCACAGCAGUCUUCUCUUUGCGCACCAGGAUCCUUCCUCACAGAAACAUCUGAAAGUAGUGCAAGAGAAGCAUGCCACAUGUCUGAAUGUGAAGAUGGCAGUCUUUCCAUUGGUUGCCAUCUUAAUAAACCCUUACUUCCUUGCACUUCAACAGAAAAUGAAGCCUAUGAUAACGAUAAAGAUAAUGCUGAAAUUGGGCAACAAGGGUUGGCCACUAAUGUAAACAAUACAGGUCUUUCUGUUAUUAACUAUGGGCACACCGCUCCCUCUGUUAUAAUGCACAGCAAUAGGGUUUCAUCUGUUAUAAAACAUGGAAAUGCAUUUUCUUCAGUCAUUACAUACAACCAUGGAGUACAGUCUGGCAAUGAUAUUCAUCACUCACGUUCACAGACCAAUUUGAGCAACGAUUCUUUGGAUACAAAUCCAAGGAAAAAUAUUUCUAAAGAUUGUGUUAGAUUUCAGAAAAAAAGUACAUACAAAAAGGGAAAUGGACAAAUCACAGAACCAGCUGCUACACCAAAAAAUCAUUCAAGCACUUUUUCUGGAGGAUGUCGAACAGAAACUUAUAUUGCAAAACCUGCCUUCCCUGGAACCUCCACAGAUAAUCAAGUAGCUCCGCUUUGCCAAAUUACAGUGAAGAUCGGGGACAAAGCAGUGGUACAAAGACAAAUUACUGAAUCCAGACAGUUCCAUAGAAAAGGUAGAAAACCUAAAUACAUGAUUCCAAAUGAAGAAAAGAUGGUCCAGGAUAUUAAAAAAGAAGAAAGUGAAGAACAAAUUAACAAGUCACCUAGUUACACAGAUCCUAUUGGAAGCAUUGCAGAUCCUGCUGGAGGCAUUGAAACAUGUGAUGAAAUGAGUGAUCAUGACUCAAAUGACAAACUUUGGAGACCAUACUAUUCAUAUAAACCAAAAAAGAGACCUAAAGGGUUUAAUAAACUGAGAAAAUCUAGAUGGAAGAAAAAUGGUGGAUGCAAUGUUGAUAGCCUCUCUAUUCCAAUUCCUGCUAUCAGAGAAGAACAGAAUUUUGACAUCCUAAAAGGAAUUGCUAUAAACAAAGAGAGUAAUGAUGUAUCUCAAGAAUCUAAUUGUACACUUGGUGAUAAAUUAAAAGAUCCUGAAGAAGUGAAAAGACAACCAAAAAGCCAUUUAACAACAAAGCCUCAUUCAUGUAGUAUUUGCACAAAAUCAUUUCCAAACUCUUCUACGUUGAAAAUGCAUAUGAGAUGUCAUACAGGUGAACAACCAUUCUCCUGCAAAUCCUGUGGCCGACGGUUUUCGGUCCAAGGAAACCUCCACAAACAUGAACGCAUCCAUAUGGGUGUUAAAGAAUUUAUUUGCCUCUACUGCAACAAGGCCUUCACUUUGAGUGAAACUCUUAAAAAGCAUGAAAGGAUCCACACUGGGGAAAAGCGGUACCGCUGUCAUUUCUGCCCUCGGCGUUUCCUUUACCUGACAACAAAGAAGAAUCAUGAGCAAAGACACUUGGAAAGAAAGCGUGCUCAGCAGGUAGGAAAGGAGCAUGUUUGUUUCCAGUGUUUUAAAGUUUGCAAAACAGCUGCUGCACUUGGUAUGCACCAAAAAAAGCACUUAAUAAAGGUUCCUGGUUGUGAGGAUGCAGAAGGAUCGAAGAACUACCAAAGUGAUCUCCAUACAAAUGUGACUUGUCCAACUGUAGCCGAAUCUAAACUUAAAAAUAGGACAGAGGCAGAGAACAAACUGAAAUUGGCAACUACUACAGGUAACUGUGAACAGAAUCUCAGUUCACGCAACACAGAACUUAGCCCUGAUUACGGCCAACCUGAACUGCCAAUCGUUCAAACUAAUAAUACAAAAUACACAUGGUCAAGUGCGCAUGACAUCAAUGCAGAUCCUUUACGGAGUUCGCUACCACAAAAUAGUGAGAACAUUUGGCAGAUUCACCAGCAAAAUCUAGACAUUAAUCUGCCUAUUUGCAGAAAUGUUUCUUAUCAGUGUGAGAAUAGCAACAGAGAUGAUGGCAGAUUUGCUUUCUAUCAACAUUCUUCUAAAAUGUUUUAUACUCAUCAGGGCGAGGGGAUGGUGUACAAAGCCAUGUAAAAAAGGCUCAGUCAUGAGAAUUUAGUGCUUUCUUCUGCUGUAGAGUGGAAUAUCAUUGAAACUCAGAAUGUUUAAGUUAAAAGCAUAUUAUUGUGCUUAAGAAAUUGUGCUGCAGGAGAUUAUGAAGGUAUUAAAGGCAAAAUUCUCAAUGGGAAAGGAAGUAAGUUUCUUGGUUUUUUUUUCAAGUUAUUUUCUUGAAGGAAAUAAAUAUCACGUUUUCUCCUCAAACACUGAUUUCUCAGUUGUUUCUGAAAAUUUCCCUUGCUUUAAGGAUCAUUAUGUUGAAACUUUUUAAAUGCAUCUAAGUUUUAUGGCUGUGAGAUGUUUAUUGAAGCUUUCAAUGCAGAGAAGCAUGCUCACAUGGCACUGGUUUAAGCAGAAUCAAGUUGGAUACCAAAUUAAACUUAUUUUCAAAGUUGGAGCAAAUAGUGUUAAUGCAAAGCAUCCGUCCAAGAUAUUUAACUUCUAAAAUAGCAAAAAUCAUGACAACUCGUAGCAGUCUUGUAUGUACAGAUACAUAUAUGUAUAUUUGUGUAUAUAUAUCUGUCUCUUUCAUUACAGUAAGAUACAACUUUAGAUAUGUGAUGUAAACUGUGUCCACAAGUACCAUUUUCCCUCCUCCUGCACAGUGACAUUUAACUGUAUUUAGAUCGAGUUUAAAAAAAACUGUUAUGUCAGUUGACUCUAUCUCAGAGUGUAACAUGCUUUAGUUUGUAUUUUUUUGCCCAGAAAAUAGUGUUUGAAACAUUUAAGGAGUUUUCCUAAUGUACAUGUUGGCAAUAACUUGAAAUUCAAUUCUAUAAAUGUGUGACUGUUGUUGGAUUAAUGUUUCAUGUAACGAAUGUAAAGGAAUUUGUCAAACUAAGGGUUUUUUUUUGGGAGGGUGGUGUGGAAGGGGAAAGGUAAUUUUUUUUUGUGUUAAAAGGAUAUGAUCACUGUAGAUGCCACUGAUGGAAUUAAUUUGAUGUAAUAAAGCAAAUUAAACAAUAUAAUUUUUUUA